AUGUACAACGAUGCAAAAGCGAAAAGGAUGACGCCGUACGAAGCUUUUGAAACGGACGUGCGAAAUGACAAGCAGGAGAAGUAUUUGAGAGCGAAAUCGAUACAAGACCUAGUGCAAUGGGCUUGGAGCAUACUACUGGCAAGCUUAGUACUCGUAGUUUGGUUCUCAGGGGCGACUCGCGAUAACCACGCGAUGCUAUUCAGAUUGGGCCAUCAAGUUCGUUCAACCGAUGAAGCAUUUGAGAAAUACGUGGAGAGCAGCCCAAAGGCCGCCAGUAUCUGUCGAGAAGAGCAGGAUCAUGUAUCGCUCAAAGACUUUUUCGCAAAGUUGUUUUGCCUGCCCUAG